AUGGUAUACAACGGCGACGAAGUAUCCGCCCUCGUGCUCGACUUUGGCUCCUACACCACACGAGCAGGCUAUGCGGGCGAAGACUGCCCGCGCGUAGUCUGCCCUUCCUUCUACGGCUAUGAGGCGAGGGCGGAGCAGGGAGAGGACGUGGCAAUGACAGAGCCUGCUGCGGAAGGAGGUGCGAAGGGCAAGGGGAAGGGGGGGAAGAGAAAGUAUCAUGUAGGCGAGGAUGGCGUCGGGGUGUGGAGGAAGGGGAUGGAGGUGGGCAACUUUAUGCUUGAUGGUCUUGUGAAUGAUGCCGAGCCUGCUGCUGCUCUGCUUCACCAUAUCCUCCACGACCGCCUCGGCGUCAACCCCCAAGAACACCCCGCCAUGAUCACAGAGCCUGCGUGGAACACGCCCAAGGCCAGGGAGCUGUUGACAGAGAUGAUCUUUGAGGGCGAAGGGAUGCCGGCGCUGUACUUUGGGUCCAGUGGUGUUUUAUCUGCCUUUGCAGCGGGCAAGCCGACAGCUCUCGUCCUCGACGUCGGCUACGCCCAAUCCAGCACUAUCCCUGUUGUCGAAGGCUACGCCCUCCGAGCUGGUACGAUGCACCAGCCCCUCGGCUCUCAACUCGUCGUCUCUCAACUCCACAGCCACUUUUCCAACCCUUCCCCUCUACGAGCCGAGAGGCUCUCGCUCCUGCCCAGGCAGCUCAUCCAAAAGCGGGAGCCGACCUCCGCCCCGGGUGUCAUCCCCAAACCUCUUUUGCGCGAGGACCGUUUCCCGUCGACGACGGAUUCGUGGAAACACUGGGCUGAGCAGAACACUGUUGAAGGGUGGAAGGAGGCGUGUAGUGAGAUUGUCAAUUGUCGAGGGUUUGACUUUAGGACGGCGGCGGAGAUGCCGCAGGUGACUUAUGAGUUCCCGGAUGGUUACCACCAGGCCUUUGGGGAGGAGAGGUAUAGGUUUUCAGAGAUGCUUUUCGACCCUGAUCACUAUUUCAACCGACAAAUCACCCCCCCAACCGCCCUCCGCGCCCCCCAAACAUCCACCCACACCCGCAGCCUCACAGACAUCGUCCCCCUCUCCCAGCUCGUGCACGACAGCAUCAUGGCAUGCGACGUCGACGUCCGGGCGAGUCUGUUGCAAAACAUUGUGGUGGUUGGGAAUACGAGCUUGACGAGGGGAUUGGUGGAGAGGUUGGAUAUGGAGCUGGGAGCGACUUUGCCUAGUCAAAAGAUCAAGAUCCACUCUCCCACCAUUCCCUUUGAGCGCAAGUAUGCUUCUUGGGUGGGUGGUUCCAUCUUGGCCUCUUUGGGUACUUUCCAUCAGCUUUGGGUCACGAAGGAGGAGUAUGAGGAACAUGGAAUGAGUGUUGUCAAUCAAAGAUGCAAGUAG